AUGGAAGGUCGGAUGGAACCUUGCGUCGGCACCGUCGUGACGUGGUUCGUCUCUGCACGCCGCUGGACAGCUGGUGACGGGAUGGAUCUCCAUAUCGACAUCGCCUUGACGCGCCCACCUACGCCGUCAGAGACCGCGGCUUACGGCGAAUUAGAGUCGCUCUCCACUACAACCCGUCGCAUCCUGCGUCUGAACUGGCAGGAUCGCAUCCCCGACACUGAUGUGCUGGAAGGAAAGGGAAUGCUCAGCAUCUACUCCAUGUUGAGACAAAUGCAGCUGCGCUGGAACGGCCACCUGGUGCGCAUGUACGACGAGCGACUACCCAAACGGCUCUUCUACGGAGACGUCGCGACGGGUUCUCGUCGUCAAGGAGGUCCAAUUCGUCGAUACAAGGAUACCCUAAAGCUACUGCAAAUCAACCCGACCAACUGGAAAGAGGUCGCCCGCGAUCGUCCGACAUGGAGGAGAACAGUGAAGACGGGCGCUGCUAUCCACGAAGCCAACCGCAUCGCCGCCGCCAAAGCGAAACGCGAAGCCCGCAAAUCCCAACUGCGCCCAGUCAGCAACGCCGCCGUACAACCACUUCCAACGUGUCCUCGAUGUCAGCGGACAUUCCGGGCUUGA